AUGGAGGAGUACAAAUGCAAACUUUGUACAAGAUCAUUCAUCAGUGGCAGAGCACUCGGUGGCCACAUGAAAGCUCAUCUAGCCAUCCUCCCUCACCACCACCGUACUCCUCCCUCUUCUUAUUCAGAUGAAAAUCUGUCAGAUCCUAAGUUUUCUUUCUCAACAAAAACAGAGUACAUUCUUCAUGACAGAGAGAGUGAAACUGAGUCAAAACACCCGACUCAGAAACGAUCCAACCGAAACAGAAACUCAGAACAAAAGAAGCUUAAACAGAGUUUAAUAGCUUCGCAUUCACCACAAACACCGAUUAGUUCCAUUUCCGAAACUUCUCCGGAAGAAGAACUUGCUAAAACUCUCAUGAUGCUAUCAAGAGAUCAAUGGAACACCGACGUUGCUGUCAAAGAAGAAUCACAAGAAGUUGAAAGAUCAAUGGAAGAUAUCAAGUUCAGAGAAGUUAGUAGGAGGCGUAAAUGCUACGAAUGUGGACAGAACUUUCCAAGUUCAACAGCAGUUAAAAGUCACAAAAACAUUUGUCUUCAAAAUGAACCUGCAACAACAAGUGGCGGUGAUCAUAAAAUAUUCAAAUGUUUGGUUUGUUCUAAGGUCUUUGGUUCUGGUCAAGCACUAGGUGGUCACAAGAAAUCUCACCUUCAUAAGAAAAAACUCUGUUUCAUCGAUCUCAACUUGCCACCUUCGCUACAAGAAAACCAUGAUCGCAUCAACUAG